GACUAUUUGAGCAUUUACCAUCAAAGCAACGUUCUGAUUGGCAGAUAUUGCGGUAAUUUGACGAACAAUUUGGCAGUGAUGGUUGCCGGGAAUUACACAGUGAUUAAAUUCCACUCGGAAGACGUUAAGAAAGAAAAGCGUGGAUUCAGAUUGCAUUUCAAUGAAUUACCUCGAAGUGGUGAGUGGAGUCAAGGAUCGACCCAAGCCUAAUAUAUCUGUUUGCUCGGGAAAAUAAUUCUCAAAAUAAAUAGUUGCUGAGGGGCUUUAAAUUUGACAGGUGAAAAUUUCCCUCCUAGUGGAGGUUUUGAAAACUAGUGAUCCUUUGGGUCUUUCUGCAAAUUUUCUUGUUUCAGAUUAGACACAUUUUAUUUUGGCCACAUUUGAUGUCUGUUUAAAUCAUCUUUAGACUUGGAAGGCGGGAGUCGUUGGUCACUUAAAAUUUUAAAACGACCCAACACAAGCCCACCGAAGUUAAUGGCAAUUUAGAACCCUGAAAUUUAUCAGGAAACAAUAAUGGAAGGUAUUCCCAUGCCAACUACUUUCUCUAUGAGUGUUACUUUUUUAAAAACUGUUUUUCUGCACUUUGUAUCCAAAUUCGCUAUGACAACAUUUGAUGCUUUGUACUAUUGCGGUCGACAAGAGGAGCCCGCAAUCCUAAUCUCCAGGUUGUUAUUACGCAUGCGUCACAUGUAUGUAGCCAGCAUUCGUUUGGACUUCCACUAAGAAUGGAUGGAAUGCACAAAACGCAAUUUGAUCACGCGCGUUUCGACCUGCUACUCCUCGUAAUCUGAUCCGCGCAUGUUUUGACCAUCUGUCAACUGAAACGUAGGCAAAGCACAGCGUUGGAGCAACUGAGCGUUUGGAUCUGCGAUCGUUAUCGCCCUCCUAACCUUUGGUUAUUACUAGCUUAAACUUUGUUUGCCAAUGGGUUUGGCAAACUUUGGUCAGCCAGUAUCAGUUUUUUAAAAGUUCUAAGAAAGGUCGGACGGUUCUGUUGUACAUAGUAAUAAAUGUAGACUUCAAUUCCAGAUACUCGAUGAAAAUAUGAAAAAAGGUCGCUUUCCAGGUGACCUCAUGGGAGGCAUCGUAGAGAGCCAAAAUCAAGUAGCGAGUCAAACCAAGAUGAAGGCCAGAAAAGGCAUGAGGACACAAGGCAUAACGGACGUUGAAACUUUCAACCGGAAGUUCAAAGAGACUUUUGCAGAAACUGGCACCUUCCUUUUUCGACUUCAACGUAAAAAAGCAAUUCAAGUUGUUGUUGUUUGUUUUGUUUUGCUCCUUUUUUCUUACAAAAAUAAAGGUUGCUAUAUUUGUAAUAAUAUAUGAGCAAAUUAUUAAAAAUGUACACACUUACAGAUAGAAAAGAAAUAAACGUAUAUUUUUCGAUUAUCUCUUAUUUUCUUUGGCAGACCUAUGUGGUUCAGCGAUGGACAAUACACUGAGAUCCCCUGUAUACGUACAAAGUUAUCCACCAAAUAUGCACUGCGUCUAUAAUAUUUCACUUCCACAUGGCAAGGUGCAAAAACUUACAUUUCAAAUAUUUGAACUGGCGUUUGAUCAAGAAUGCAGGUGAGAGUACUAUUUGUUGAUUAAGCCCGUUUUCCAUGUAAUCUGUAAAGGCCUGCGGUAGCCAAAAGCUCUAUUACCAUAGUUGUCAGUUCUAGCUCUUUGCCGACAGAGUAGUGAACGUGAGGCUUCAGUCUGCAGUCUUGUCUUCAAGGAAAAUCUUCAAUUCAAUCCUCUUCUCAACUGAAAGCUAGUGCAAGUUUUUUUUCUCUGAACUUAAGUAUCCCAUUAGGUAUGCCAUACAAAAGAGUAUCUCAUCAAGAGAUGAAAUUUUAAGUCCAUUAUACGAAAGAUAGUUUCGCAUGUUUCCGAUUAAUUGAUCUCAUCACCAGAUUAGCUCGCGGAGCAAUACGCAUAGCCGAAGGGUAACAAGAACAUCAUAAUUCGGGUGUUUAAGGUUGAUAGAAACAUAAACUUGACUAUCUUCAGCAUAGAACAUGUUUGUCUAUACCUGACUGAAAAAAAGGUUGUCGCUUGAAAAGUAUAAACCAUGAAAGGUGGGACCUAAUGGAUUUUUGGGUUCUUUCCAGGAAUGUUUACAUAUCGAAGCUUUUAGCGACGAUGCAUUCCAAAAAAGGUCAAAAGAAUGAAUGAAUGAAAUACCUUGAGAAAGAAAAGAGACGGGGAAUGGAAUAAUCAUUUGCUUUGUCACACAGUAUAUACCGGUAACAGAUGCUAGGGUAUCAUUUAUAAUAAAAUUGCAAGCUAUUUUUGGUGACAAGGAUACCAAUCUUUCCGCUGAAAACGCUAAGUUCACGAAACAGUCGUCAUCUUUGUGUUGAAAAACCAACGAAAGUGUUAUCACCAUACACAUAUGUAUUCUGAACAGAAGCAUAUAAAAGGAAUUUGUUUAUUGCCAACCCGUAAAUGCUGAAUAUUUCCUUCGCAGAUUCGACUACUUGAACAUUUCAGAUGGUGAUAAUUUUAUCGGCCAAUACUGCGGUGACCUAACGGGAAAAGUUAUUUUUGUUUCACGAGACUACCUGGUGUUGACAUUUCACUCAGAUGAGAUAUUUGAUCCUAACAAAAGAGGAUUCGAAAUCAUUUUUGGGGAAGAUGUUAACGCGCCUGGUAAGUGAAUACAAACAUCUAUAACAACAACAUCUAUAAUUCAAUACACAGUCAAGAGAAAGGUUAUGAUAAUAUAUAUGAUCACGGAAGGGAAACUUCUUUGUUCUUAUAUCAUAUGGAAAUGAACGGAGAUCAGAGUGGAGAAUAUGUUCGCGGAGUUUCCAGUUUUCCUUGUCUGCAAGUAUAAUGGUCAAGGAAAAGACUGAAAACAUUUAGUGUUAUUUUGAGAUUGCUCUCGAAAAAAGGACCGGUAAGUGUUGAAUAGCCUAAACUAGCCGACAUUUCGUGACCCCACAACUGGUUUUCCGGCUGAAUGACGCCUGCAGAUACUGAUCACGUGUCACUACCCAGAGCUGGGUAGUGCUUCUCAUAGGUUGUCGAAAACGAAAUUUGCCUCAGCCGAUCAGAAGCACUACCCAGUUCUGCGAAAUGACACAUCAUCAGUGUGGAAUUUCUAGCCGUUCUUCAGACUUCACUUCUCGGGGAAACCAUUGGUGGGGUAAAUCGACCGUUUUCUCAGACCCCGUAUUGAAUUAGUUUUACUUUGACCGUAUCUUUCAGCACUAUGUCCAGUAGGAUGGAUACUCAGCCUUCAUGGUUCUUGCUACAAAAUAUCUUCCAACAAACUGGACUGGAACUCAGCGAAGUCCGCCUGUAACGACCAGGGAUCAAGCCUAGUUAUACUGAACUCGUUCGAUGAAAUAGGAGAGCUGAUCAAAAGAACAAAGGGCCAAACGUGGAUUGGCUUAAAGCGGGAUCUUAUGAACCAUUCAAGCUGGCAAUGGGUGGAUGGGUCUGACGCUUUUUAUAGCUACUGGUUGAGUAGAGAGCCAAACAAUUACGGAGGCAACGAAGAUUGUGUUGUAAUGAACCCCCACAUAGGAACAUGGAAUGACCAAGGGUGUUGGAUAUCUCAUUAUUACGUUUGUGAAAUCAACGGUAACACAACUUUCUAUAAUAAUAAGUACAAUCAAAAAGUAAAGUAAAUUGUAAAUUGUUUAUUUAAGUUCGCAAUAAAUCUGGAUAUUUCCCAUAAAGGCAAUAAAGGUAGACUUCUUGUAUUAUAAUAAAACGAAAAUCUUUUAUAUUCCAGCGACAAAAAUACCAGCAGUCAGCGAAACAACUUUUGAUUCCUCUGCUUAUGAUAAUAUUCGUUCAUUUCAGAAAUAUUAGAGACCUUUAGAUUCUAGGGUGAGAACGACUACGAGUACGAGAUUUCAUUUAAAGUUUUUUUCGCGUAUUCUCAAAUAAUAGACACCGUGGAUAGCUUCAUUCUACAUCUUUUUCGCCAAAAAAAUUAGCUUUAUCUUUAUUGAAUGAGGUUAAACUCCCAGCUACAAAAUAAUAACACCUAUAACACUUUAUAACUCACUUGUGACCGCUAACACACUAACUCGUAGUAGAAUGACGACAACUAUCACGUUUCCCGCCAAAAUGACGCUGGUUCACACGCGCGCACUACUGAGUAUUGAGGAAAUAGAAUCUAAAGGUCUCUACUUGUGUUUCGCAGGUUGCCCCCAGGACUGGAUUCAAAUCCUCGGCUGCUGUUACAGAGCCUUUUCUUACGCACUGGAUUGGUUCGCGGCAGAAUCGGCCUGUAAGGCAAUUGAAUCUAGUCUUCCUAUGGUGACUUCACGUGCUGAACAAAAUGCCCUUGGCUCAUUUCUAACACAAAGCGCGUGGACUGGUCUGCACAAGAAUCCCAGUCACAAUUCAAGUGGGGUUGGUUUGGUCAGUGGUUCACAAGGUAGUUACGGUCAUGAAUUACGCAGUCAAUUGGAAAGUUUAACGGGCGAGGGAGAUUGUGUAGAGAUAAAUUCGAAGGGACAUCUGAAAAAUAGAGACUGUAGUCAUCACCAUCGUUACCUUUGCACAAUAUCGGCAGGUAAGUAAGAAAAUAUCAUGUGUUUCUGGAAGAGUUAGAAUUUCUGUUCCAGAUUAUGCUUGUGUAUAUUGUAUAAAGGUGCCAGUCAAGAAUCUUAAAAAAGGUACCACUCUCUUGAAAGAAAUGGAAUAAAAAGAAGACAGAAAAAUUAAUACUCGAUAGCAAGGUCCAUUAACCCCAACCGGAGCGACCCACUCAUAUACUAAUCACGGCGUUUCCACAAUCAUCAAGUAAUUUUAGAUUCAUUGUAAAGUACUUUUUCCAGCAAAAAUAAAUAAGCCCCCGGUAAAAAGCACGAAAUGAAUUUUACUUUGCUUAUCUUUCACACUCUGUCUAUAUAUAUUUUCAAAAGGAACUAAGUGCAGAAAACCUUCACUGCGGGAUGAUGUAGUUGUUUCACCUUCCGAUUGUCUUUUACCAACUCACCCACAUGGAAAGAUUUGCUCUUUUUACUGCGCCCGUGGAUAUCAAAUCAGCGGUCCAUCAUCUGCUCGUUGCGGGAUUGGUGGAUCAUGGAGUGAAGAUGCCAACACCAUCGUUUGUGAUGGUUUGUAUCUCGAUUGUUUAAGUUUUCCUUCUCCCCUCAAUUGUAGCGUUAAAAAUAAGCCAUUGUUUACAAUUUUUUGGAUUGCUGUCAAUCCAACCCGAAAGCUAUUGAGUUUUGCAGAUUAGAGCUUCCAGAUCAAGGUAUUCUUCCAAUUAGUAAAUGGGACGCCUUAUACCAAGUUUAUGCAGCAUUUUUUUAAUUGUCAUCUUUAUAUAAAUAAUCUUCAGUUUUAAAAUAAUCAUCACCACACCUGCAGCCAACACUGCCACCACCAUUACCACAAUUAUCGUUAUGAUCACCGUCAUUACCAUCAUCAUUAUCAUCAUCAUCAUCAUAAAAAAAACAACAACAACAUCAUAGUGAUAAGUAUUGCUACAAUCAUUAGGACCACAUCAUCUUUAUCAUCAUUACCUUUUACAUUCAUCAAACCCAGCUGCAUCGGUUAAUGUCAUAGCCAGAUUAUCCAGUCAAAGAAGAGUGCUGUCCGAGAGCCGUUGUUGUUUGUUUAUAUUCAAUAGAAUGUGAAGAAGCUCUCGGUAUGGGAGACGGAGAGAUCUACAACGGGCAAGUCAUUGCUUCUUCGCAACUGGAUGCCGAGCAUGCAGCCAUCAACGGUAGACUAAAGGCUAUAAGAACUUCAAAUAAAGUACGAUCGUGGUCACCUUAUACCAAUAAUGUUAAGCAAUGGUUGCAAAUAGAUCUGGGCAGUCAAGAGCGUACCCUUGUAGCAAAAAUUGCUACUCAAGGGGAAAAUACUAACAGCACGUGGGUCACACAUUACACAUUACAGUACAGCGACAAUGGAAAUAAGUUCAAUGUUUACAAACAGCUAGGACAAGGAAAAGAAAAGGUGAGAGGCCUCUUCUUCGCGAUCGCCAAAGUUAAAAAAAGCAGUUUAGCCGGCAUUUCUCCACCAACCUUUAAAUACGUAUAUAUUUUUCUCGUGUGCACAUUUGGUCAGAGUAAAAAUAUGUCUGGCAACCCGCUCCCUUUGAGGAAUGCAGCAAGAAAUGAAUUUAUUGACUGAAUUUAACCCAUGUGCGUACUACCUGGAUUUUUCAGGUGUUCGAUGGCAACACAGACCCGGAUACCAUUGUUUCUCAUAAACUAAAUCCACACAUAACAGCACGGUACAUCCGUUUCCUACCAACCGCUUGGCAUAAACACAUCUCUAUGAGGGUGGAACUCUAUGGAUGUAAAGGUAAUUAAUAAACAGAUAACUUUUAUUUUAAAACAUUUCCUAAUUAAGUUUAAAUCUCAGACUUGGAUGUAUGAAGUGGACGCCCAUCCCCAACCUCCCUAAGCAGUUUACAUUUAUCUCAGAUACCUUUUGACAAAACUUGGCAACGCACGGUUGCUUAUUUUGGUUACGAGAUAUGAAACUAUUAAAGGAGAGAGUUCAAUCUAUUUCCGAACAGUUUUUUACAGUUUUACCCUGAAUAUGGAUAUUAUGGUAACAAACGAAUAAAAGUGACAAAGUAUAACAUGAUACACGAUAAAUUACCAAAAGAAGGAAUGUACAAAAGAAAAUUCUCUUUAGCAUUAGAAGAACUGAGUUAAUAUUGAGAUUCAAUUUUAAAAAAUAAAAUCUUUCAUGAGUCAAUCUAACAAAUGAUCUUUCCUUAGGGACACCAAAAUAUGGCCACUGGUUCCUAGACGGUUCUGAUUUAGAUGUAAGGUUAGUAUAACAUAUAAAUAACCUACUGAAGACACGUUAUGACAAUGAUGAUGAUGAUGAUGAUGAUAAUGAUGAUGAUGAUAAUAAUAAUAAUAAUACUCAUAGUCACCAUCAUCGUUAUCGUCAACGCCUUUCAUCAUAGAAGAUUUAUCCAUGAUAAUGUUCUCCAUGCAUUUGACAGAUAUUCACAAGUCACUUUGUGCAUGAACGGAGACUCCCUCCAUAUUUUCUCGUAGCUUCCAAAAACUUCGAAAGAUUUCUUGUGGUAUGCUUCUUUUAAGCUUAAUAUUUCAUAUGGAUUUAAACCACAGGCAAAACAUCGGAAUUGUUCGAGGCAUCGUGAUGUCACGUGCGACAUGUGAUCCCAUUAUAUCAACAUCUGGGAUCAAAAGGUGUAAAAUUCUGUGUUUUGCGAAGCAUUUCUACCGAUCACUUGAAUGAAGCCGAGCGCGGGCUUUAUGAAAUACAGUAAAUGUAUGGGAUCACAUGUCGCGCGUGACAUCAAGAUGCCUCGAACAGUUUGGGUGGUCCGCCUGUGUUUAAACAUUAAUUACUAUAAUUUUCAUUUCGUAGAUUUUUUGGUGCGGUCAACUACACUGAAGGUUGGUGCCUUGGAAGUAAAGCGGCGUAUUUCAGUCAAAAAGGCUCCUUUGUUACUGUGCCCAAAGUAAACAUUACAAACUGCGACUUUACAAUUGCUUUUUGGAUUAAAUCCGGUGAUACAGAGGGACCUUUAAUGGCGAUUUGGUCUGUGAGCGGAAAACUAUUUUACGCGGCAAUAAAGAAUUCCAGUGUCAUCUUGUCGAUACAUAACACUAUAGCAAAAGCAAACUUCGCAAUCAGUGACUGGAAUCAUGUUGCCAUAAUCUGUGAGGAGUCUAAGAUCAAGGUGUUUGUAAAUGGAACAGAAAUUUUAACAAAGGAACAAUGGAACGAGUUCUUCUUCUUAUCGUCAGACCAUCUUGAGACGGAAAAUGUGCUAGGAAAUCAUCCAGUCCUGUUCAAGUUGCCAUUGGUAAAUAAACCUUUUGUCGGGGCACUGAUGGACCUUCAUGUAAUCGAAACUGCCUUGUCUGCAAAUCAGAUUUCUGACUUGAGCAAAGGUAAUCUGUUUAGCGAGUUUAACCAAAUGAGUUUUUGAGUGACGCACGUCGACUGGAAGUGAGACGUUUUCGUUCUUGAUACAACUUGACGCUGCCGAAAUCGUAAUGCCUCGUUGUCGUGCUCUUAUAAGGGACUUUUACGAUCGGCGGACGACGCGACGGCAGCGUAAACGUAGCUCCACUCGGGCGCAAAUGAUGCUACUCGGGCUACAAAUAAACUAUAUGCCCUCCAAAAGUCAUUUGAUUGUCCUAGUGUUCUAUAAAUGCAUGCGGAUUACACUUAAAAAACGGAAGUAAUUUUAAGGUGGUCAAGAACGUGAGCGUCUUGUUAGACGAGAUGUCUAGACGGGGCUGAUUAAAGCAGCUGGAGUGACAACCAUGCAGUCGCGAAAGAAUCCCCAUAUUUUGGUGCUGUAAUCUUAAUUGAUCAGAAACAAAAGAAUUAAACCGAAUCCCUUGUAGCCUACACACAAGUAAAUAACUAACUGAUGACGAUAUAUUUUUGUGAACCUAAGGCACGCCGAAAACUCCAGUUAUUAACAAGAAGGAAAGCAAGUUAAAUGGUUGCACAGUAAACCUCACAUGGAGUCGUGACGUGUGUGCCACUACGAAGAACACCAUACGCUUUAGGGUGAUAAAUCCACAGGGCUACAGAGCAGAACGCCGGGUACAAGAACAUACUUCAGCGAAAUCAUAUCGUCUAUUGACACUUGACUGCGACAAAAUCUAUCAGAUUGAAGUGUCUUCGUGGAUUGGAGAACUCCAGAGCGACUGGUCUACUCCUUGGCAAGUUCGAACUAACUCAUCUAAGAUAGAGCAGCAAACACAAGACGUCUACUGUAAGUACUGCAAGGGAACAAAAUAAUUAUAGAUUGCCUUAACCCAAGCUGCUUAGGGCCUCGUCACCCGUCGUUGCGUGACUAGUCAAAACACCGUCUACGUGGAAGGCUACUUCCCCCAGGACAAGUAAGGCUUUAUACCCGUUCAGAGCCGUAAAGUCAUGGAUGAUGCCAUUAAAUAAGAAACAAACCAGAAAAUGCCGGCCGCAAGAAAAAUCGUCCUAGAUGUACUUAUAAUUAAUUCAUCUCUCUAUUAUCUUGAUCAGGGUAAAUGGAUGAGCAGGUCAUUGCCACAAUAAUGAGCGACGUAUAAUAUAAGUCACGUUCAUGCAAACGAGAAAAUUUUCUACCUUACCCUACGCGCACGGUCAUUAUUAUUCAGAAGAAGGCCUAACUAACUGUGCAUUAUCCUCUUCAUAAUGUCCGUCAAUAUUUUUUUAAAUAUAGGGAGAUUCUACCUAAUGAAGUCACAAAAAUUCCGUGAAAGAAGCUUCAUUACCCGAACUGAUAAAACAGCACGAAAUUCCAAGGCAAAGGCAUAGUUACUUGAUAUGAAAAAAUCAUUUUAAACUUGAAAAAUCAAGUCAAAUGAAGCCGUCUUUUUUACAACAGACCUUUUUGGCCACUUCCGCAGGCGAGAUGGGGAAAACAAAAUAGAUUUUAAAAGUGAUAUAUGCCAAAAGUUCAGAAUGCAAAAAAAUACAAAAACAAACUCCCGUAACCGAGACAAUAACACCUAUCCUCUUAUGGAUGACGUACAUGUAAAUUGCAUGCAUUCCAUAUCUUUUACAUUGAUUUAUUUCUGUCUUUCUAGCUAACGAUGACGCUAUAAAAGCGUUGGGAAUAGUUCUUGGAAUCACUGCUACUCUUGCGGCAGCAAUUCUCGUAGGGAUCUACCGAAGGAGGCAAAAAAAGGGAAGAACGGUAUGCUUUAAUGGCACUGAAAAGUCAAGAGGGUUUACUCAACGCUUGUUUACAAAGUUGGACACUAACACUGACACUCGCGUCAUAUCCGACAAUUUCUUCGAAAAGUAGUCCUCCGAGGAAAUAUAAUAGUUUUUCUCGGACUCGAAAACCGAUUUGUUGUCUUUUUUUUUGCGCGGUGUAUUUUCCGAUUGACGAAAGAUCUAAAUACAAAAUCGGGUCAACUUUUCUGUUCACCAUAUGUUUUCGUUAGAAAACCGGGCAGACAAACCGUUACGUAUAAACUGGCCUUUAAAUUAUACAUUACAAUAUGUGCUACAGGCCGUAACCUUAACAGGAAGGUGCAGUGUGUUUCUUUCGUUUGUUUGUUUUUCUGGUUUUCGCUUUAAAUACAGACGACAGGUACGUAGCGUGCUCGGGCUAGAACGAAGACAGACAUGCGCACUGGACCCCCGUUUCAACUCUAAGUCAAAUUGUACUCAAGGAAAUCGAGUCACUUCUAUUGGUCUCCAUAGAAAGGAAUUUUCCGUAAUGCGUCCAAGCAACAGAGGCAACGAAGCCUUUCGAAAAGUGGGGGUGGGGCGCACGUGCUCAUCAAAGGGUCUUUUGUACACGGGUUUCCCUGUUCAAAGAACCCAAUAAGGGCGAAACAGGUGUCCAUGGCUGCCACUGCCCAAAUUUGACCACCGCCUUGCUAGCUCAGUUGGGAGAGCGCUGGUUAGCUGAGCGCGUUGUUCGUUGUGAAGAUUGCGAUUUGUGACAAUGCAUCAGCAGGCAUUUGUUUAGGCGGUCCUGAUUUAUGAUACUUUUUAGGUAACAAAUCGUCUAGUGAGGGCACGAAAUGUGCGCUUUGCAGUUGCCGAUGUCCCAGUUAAUGUCAAAUACAUCCGUAAUGGCGAUUGCAGACUUUUAUCGGGGGGGGCGGGGGGGCUAGGGACCACCCUGCUCCUCCGCUUACGCGGUAAGAAAAACCGUUCUUCCGACGCAGUUUCUUCAUAAAUCGAUCAUGUACAAAACACAAUUUUUUACUAAUAUUGGAUGUUUCCUAUUUAGAUCCAAGAAAGAAAUUGUUCAUUUUAUUUUACUGGAAGUCCCGCACCAGCGAGUAACCUUCAUGGAGGAACUUGGUCGAGGGGCUUUUGGCAAGGUUCAUAAAGGUGUGAUGAAGGAGGUAACAAACGCAAAUAUAUAUCCCGAUACCAGUAAAAGAAAUCCAAAUGUACAUUCCAAGAACAGCCUACGAACAUUGAAGGGCAAUAAGGGACGAAUUGUUGCUGUUAAAGUCCUUCUUGGUGAGCUACUAAGCCAUUUUCGAUGAAUGUUUACAAAUCAUGUUCGAUUAGCACGUUGUUAACGUAAAUGAAGUUUGUGUAACUUUAGUAUAGUCGAUCGAAGUUCACUUCCAUGUGGGAUCAAAGGUUUCUCUUCCGACAAUCUGGCGGACUCAUAAAACCUGGUCUCGGUCGUUCUUAUUGAAGGAUUUUCUUCUUCUGUCGCCAAAGAGGCCGUUGAGGAGAGCUUCCGCUGUAUUUUUUGCGUAUUGUUGUUCUCAAGUUAAAAAUCUAUUCAACUGGUGCUCCAUACUAGUCCAAGUGGGGAGGAUCGUCACGUGACAAAAACUAAUCACGGCUGUGUAGCAGACUACAAUCUUGGACAAAAUAAAAUGGAGCAGCAAACCCCCAUCCCCCCCCAAAAAAAUCAAGGAUGAAGCCGCGCGAAGGGCAAAAACGCGCCAUUUUCGCAUCCUUGAUUUGGGGGGAGGGGGGGGGGGGGGUCUAGGUUUUCCAUUUAUUUUGUGCACGAUUGUACCUCCAUGCAGGACCGGAGUCUUCCUGUUCCUCUGCGGUCUCUUCUGCCUCAGACUUGAGCUUAAUCAAUAUGCCAUGUCACUUCCUUUGCGUGGGUAAGCAGCUCACAAACCCUCUAGAUAUUGUUUCUCUUGACUGAUUUUACCUGAUAUCCUUUUGUUCAUUAACUCCCGUUUCUGUUUAGAAAAUGCUGGAGAGGAGGAAAAACGACAGUUUCUUCAGGAAAUUGACCUAAUGAAGGACGUUGGAUCGCAUCGAAACAUUCUUACCAUGCUCGGUUUUUGGACUCGGUCAGAGCCCAUUAUGUUGAUCAUGGAGUAUGUUCCUCACGGAGACCUUCUGAGGUGGCUUAGAAACAAAAGGCAGCAAAUAAAGCUUGUUACUGUAUGUAUCGAUUUUUUGCCAUUUUCUCACUAAUAAAAAUUUAUAUCAGCUUAUUUGUUGCCCCGUUUCAUUUCCUAUAAAUGAAUAGCCUGGAGCAUUUCUCAAAAUGUAAAGUAAAUUCAAAUUUUUUGAACAUGUCUUCAAUUCCUGUUAACUAAUUUAUGAAGCAUUGAUAAUACAACCAGAAACAUGACAACGACUCUUUGGGUUAAAAAAUGAUAAAUACAAGGGAGAGUAGACAGUAUAGUGUACCAUGUUGAAAUUUAGGUAUAGGUAUAGGUGUAGGUAUAGGUAUAGGUAAAUCAUUAAUAUUCACAUACGUUUCUGCAUACUAAUUCGGUAUAGGUAUAGGUAAAUCAUUAAUAUUCACAUACGUUUCUGCAUACUAAUUCGGUAUAGGUAAGGUCUCAGCAUUUCACGUACCGUUAGUCAGUUAAUUAUGCGAGUUCGCAAGCCCAAAGUUGAAUACAAAUCAGCUCUACAGUAAGAACCCAAGGGAGCACCUUGGCGUGUUUUUAUAAAAACACAAAACAAUUAAUAAAUUAACAAGGAUCAAUUGAAACACGCGACUAAUAAAUCGCAAUAAAACGAGCCACGUUUCUUAAGACACAACUUUAUGAUCAACUUUAUGAUCCUUUAUUAAAAUAAUUGCAAAAAUAUUAGAUUAAAGAUUCUAUUAAAAUAGUCAAAGAAGGCAAGCAAGGAUCAUAAAGUUGAUUUCUUGUGUCUUAAGAAACGCGUCUGGUUUUAUUGCUAUUGAUUAUAUAGUCGCGUGUUUCAAUUGAUCGUUGUUAAGGUAUUAAUUGUUUUGUGUUUUUAUAAAAAUACGUCAAGGUGCUCGCUUGGGUUAUUACUGUAGAGCUAAUUUGUAUUCAACUUUGGGCUUGCGAACUCGCAUAAUUAACUGACUAACCGUACGUGAAACGCCUCUAAUUUGUUUUAACCUGAAUUUUCGGCAAAAUUUAGGGUGACAGCAAAGAUCAUGACCAUUGUAAAUGAAGCAACUAGCUGCAACGCCAUUUCCCACAACAUUUCUAUCACCUUGCAGAGCUUGUCGCAGUCUAUAAUGAAAGACUUUUGUAUAUUUAAAACACCUAAGGAGAGCCAAAACCACUGCAGUGGAGAAAGAAACACUCCUUUAACUGUAACAAGGAAAAUGUAUGAAUUUGCUUUUACAUUCUACAUCCAAAGGUUGAUAUCGUUUUCUUGAAAACCGGUAAUUUAUUUGGUCUGAAAUCAGAAAAUAUUAUUUCUAAAGAAAGAAAUAUCUUAAGCUGUAGCUAUGUCGUAUGGUAAUUGGGCUUUCGUCGGUGUAGAAAAUGAUCUUUUGGCUCGGAUAAAAUUGCUUCACCAGUCUAUAUUAUAUAGAAUAUUAAUUUGUAGACCAAAUCAUGUUUGAACUACUUGCAGCUUACAAAGAAGAAUAAUGACCAUACCGAUGUCUUAGAAAGUCAGAAGAAAAACAUGGAUGGUCAGGAGAUAAACGAAGGAAAGGUCAAAAAUGAAAAACAAGGGCAAAAUGGCUCCAAACAACUGCAAGAACAAGAAAAUUCACACAAAUCCAAGGAAACCGAUGUUGACACCAAUGUUGAGCGCCUACUUGAAAUACUACCUCAGUGUUCAACUUUGGAAAAACAAGAGACAGCAUCGCUGGGGCAGAGCUCGAGAAAUCUCCCAGAAGUUGCUGCAAGCCUUGUUAUGGUAGGAGGCGAAGGACCCACUCAUCAGCUCAUGUCCUAUGACGAACCGAAGGGAAGCGAUGGAAUAACCCUGACUAUAGAAACAGAGGAUAGGAACAGCGAUGCUAAUCGAAAGCAAAAGGAAAUAGAAAGUUCGGAAAACGAGAAAGGCAAGUCCAAAGGUGAUGCCAUGAAAGUAUACGUAUCAUCUCCAGAAACCAAACCUGGUAAAGAAGAAAACGAAAAGAGGGUACCGUCAUUACCACCGAUCUUUAAAGACGACCAGUUUCCUGAAUCCCAUAAAAGGGCCACUGUGAAAGCCUCUACAGAGCACGACGAAGGCACUUGUGACAUCGACAAUAAAGAUCUCGUUUUUUCUGCAGAUGAUCUGAUGAGUUUUGCGUGGCAGAUUGCUAGAGGAAUGGUAGGUCAAGUCUUUGCUAUGGGAAAGGAAUCAUACGAACAAACACUAACAAUACAUCCGAAAAUAAAGAUUUUGUUUUUUGCCUUAAGUUUGAUAUAUAUUCGACAGCGACUAUAACGUGAAAUAGGGGCACCUCUGAAACUAUCGCACGUAUAGUACAACCUCACAUCAUACGCGUUGCACACAAACCGAUAACCACUUUACGACGACGAAUUACCAACGUCAAAGACAAAAGAAAAACUGGAGGACAGACAGGGAGCAGUUUACAAGAUAAAAAGCUACAACUGCCAGGCUACUUACAUUGGUAAGACCGACAGAAACCUUAGCACGCGACCGACUGAACACAAACGAGACUCAAGAAAUGGUUAUGUCAACCAUCACAUUGCUAAACACCAUUUACAGACGAAACAUCAAAUCAGCUUGUAUUACGUAAUCUACAUACUACUAUCAACGACUCAUUUUAGAACGCUGGUUUACAAACUUAAAGCAAAUCCCACUGAAUCGUAAUCAACAGUUACCGGCACCAUACAAGUUACAAGAGAAUGACUGGACGACCGACAAUUUGACUAACAAUAAACGACUGUUAAACUCUGACAAUAGACGGAUCGAAACGCACCAUAGUCUUCACAGAGUCUUCAUAGCCAAUAGCAUUACGGCUUAAUUGGCAGACGACCAAUGACAUCGCGACUUAAUUGACCAAACAGGCCAAUAAUCUGAACUGACGUAAUCCAACUCACUUUAACUCUGAAGAUGACUCCCGCACAGGUUGUCGAAACGUCAUCCAGUCACUGUCAAAAACAAGCCUUUUAAAGACUUCGUUCACCCGAACGAUCAAGGUUGAAACUGCUUAUGUAAUGACUCCUGGGUUCACACCUUUCACAGUUAAAAUAAUCUGUUGCGCACAAAAAGGGGUUAAAAACUACUCAAAAAAUGGCCUUACCUUGUUAUGUUAUGCCAGAACUGGUAAGUAAAUAAACAGCUACAAUAAAGAUAUGGGUUCAGGCAAAGCGCUAACAAGUAGCUAGAAAAGGCUAAGUUUUUAUCAAACUUCCUUUAGGAAUACUUGGCCAGUAAAGGAUUUGUUCAUCGUGAUCUGGCAGCCCGUAACAUCUUACUUGGUGAAAGCAAAGCUGUAAAGAUUUCUGAUUUUGGAUUGCUACGCCGCACAGGUGAAAGUGAGAUAUACGAGGUGGCAACCGUUAAGGAACUACCCAUAAAAUGGACAGCACCUGAUUCAUUGCAGACUGGAAUUUUUACUUCCAAGAGUGAUGUGUAAGUUAAAAUUAAAUUUUGCAAGGUUUGUUAGGCCUGUUAACACCUACAACACAGGUAUAAGAAAGAGCCACAUACCAAGACAGAGAAACCUACUACUGGGUCAUUUCCUUCCUAUGCGUUGUUCACCAUAGGCAGCUUUUGGACAUUUUCCUUAAUAAAAGCUCUUCUAACAGAUGUUCUAAAACAUUAAUGGCUAACACGUACCAUUAUCACUUAUGAUCCCUUUCUUUUAAAAGGAAGGGGUAUGGGUUCCAAUUUACUCUAACCAAAAGAAGAUUGCAUACGUCCUAGCUGACGAUUUUAGAGCCUGUGUUUAAACCCUUUGUUCCCAGUUACACAAUAGGCCACUUGCACGAUGGCGUCAUUUUACAACUACUACCAGAAUCCUUCAGGGCUUUGCUUUCUUGUGCAAAUUAUGGCUAUUUGUUUUUUACACUUCAUUGGGUUUACCAAAUUUAAAUACCAAAGAAAAAACGAAAUGAAUUCUCGUCUUAGAAGUAAAAAGACGUCACCGUGCAAAUGGCUUAUAUACUGUAUUUCUCUCCGUCCUCCCAUGACUACCAUGUAAGGGGCCACCUUCCACUGAGUAAAACUCUGUGUCAUUGCAUGCUUCGCUAAGAACCUCGUGAUGAAGAGAAUCACAGCAAGUGGUCAGCAGGCUGUUAAUUUGUUCAUACCAAGAUACCCUUCUGAAAUGUUAGCAUGCAAUAAAACUAUUGACCUUUCCGACUACAUUUGGAAAAAAUGCAAUUAUUGAUGUAAGGAUUCUAAGGCAAUCAAGAGUGAUUUCUCUCUUCCUCUCAUCCGAUUUUUUUAUAUUAUAAUUUUUAAACUGUUUCACCGAUUAUUUGUUUUCAUCAUACUGUACCUUAGAUGGUCCUUCGGAGUUGUUUUGUGGGAAAUGGCUACCAUGGGUGAGAUAUCUUUAAUGCUUUGACUGAUGUUAGAGUUAUGAUGAUUGUCCAUUGCAUUUCUUUGUUUGUUUUAUUAACAACGUAAUUUCGUAUCCAGAUCUCCCGUCGACGUACCCGAAGGAGAGAUCCGGUCAAAUCCGUACGUUGCGUGCUCGCCGGUCAGGCGCACUGAUUUAUAACAAAGUCCAGAUAAAAUGCGCACUCUGCUUGGUUGCAAAUGCAUGCUAUAUGAGAGUAUAAAACACACAGCUAAAGGUGUCGCAUCAUCAGCCGAAAGUUUGUUUUGAAAUUAAAAAGUAAUGCAUGGGGAAUUUAACGGAUUCUUUAUCAUGAAACAAAUAAAGAAGCCUUGACACUGUGCUCUGUUUUGUUGAAAAGCACGCAGGAAACGGCAAAAGAACGUAAGUAGGGAGAAACACUCCACUAGGUCUCCGUUUCCCCAACUAUUCUUUCGUGCUCUAGCUACUUCCGGCGUGCUUUACGACAGAACAGAGUAUAGUCAAAGCUUUUAUAUUUUUAACUGUUUUUACCUGACCUGAUCUCGUACUCGUCUUCGUCGACGAGAGAUCUGUGUACAAGAUCACUAUCAACGUUGUGAGUCAAUGGUCACGCGCCACAAUAACUAACAGUUCUUGACAGACGUAAUGUUAGCUUAAAAGUUCUCUAAACCUUCCCCACUGAUAUUUAAAUUGAACAUUUUAGGGGGAACUCCUUAUCCCAGAAUCAACCAUGCCCAGUUGUACAAUCUCCUUAAGAAGGGGUAUCGCAUGGAACAACCAAACACUUGCAGUGAUGAAAUGUAAGUAAACUUAUUGUAAAUGGCUCGCAAUUAAUACUUGUACCAAACAAGAAACAUAAUUAACAUCUUUUAAAAACAACAUCGUUACGCUAUGGGCAUGAUCAUCUUUUAAACGUUCAUAACAAAGCCGCGUUCUCGACUACUUCUUUCACUUCAUCGGUAAAACGCCAGGGGUAUAGUACAAUAUACUUCGAUUGACUUUAUCAUGACAAUCAUGACUCUCUGGAAGGUACUCAUGCGACUUGAUUGCGACAAAAAAAUCAGUGCAACUGGCGAAUAUAACGCCAACGCAAGUAGAUCGGAGGCAGAAAAGAACCAGGCUCAACUCAUUCACGUUUCUUUGAGGUCAUGAACGUUAAGAACUACCCGCUAUUAUUUUCCUCUUUAAAACCGGGAAUUCCAUCUCUGCUAUACUACUCACAAGGGAAAUUUCGUUUUGCUGAAGUAAAAACCAAAUGUUAGGUAAUCUCUCUCGGCAAAACAACGUAUUGUAAAUAGCUUGAACCAAGAGAGGAUAAAGGGGACAGAGAAGACAUCCCCCAUACACACCCUAUUCCAUAGGUAAUUCGUCUCGAGUUAUUUUAAAGACCACAGUUCCCAAGGGGGAUUAGACGACAGCCAAUCAAAUAGCACGAAUGAGUUCCGCGUGGAUGACCCACACUCAGGCAGAACAAAAUGGCGAAAGACGCGGAGAGCGAUAUUGCUAUUCGUUUUGUCCACGAAAAAGACUACAGAGAGAUUUCUGCUAAAGCUGUGUUAGCGAAACGGAAAUUAAAAGAGAAUCGCCCUUCGCCUCUUCUACAGAGCUAACAGCACAGCAGGGAAACCCUUAACACACUGAAUAGUCUCUCAGGAUCAUUUAUAAUUUACAGUUUGAAGAGAGCAAUUUCUGGUUUGAUAUUUAUUCUUUUAUUAGUCUUUUAUUAUUCAACAAAAAUGACACUUGGCGUCCUAUUUGCUUUAUUGUACAACGACCGGAUUCAAUAAACCGGCGAAAUUUCUCAUGUUAUUAAAGCACUAAGGUUACGACAACUUCGAGUUAAACUGAUUUCACAGGUUGUCAAAGAGUCCAGCGAUUCCCUUUUCCCAGGUGAGCGCCGACUCAUUUCGCGUCAAUAUUCAGGAAUGCUCUCUAUCUCUUUACGCUUUCAUUGCCUUUCGCCCGACAUGUUUUGCACGGCGUUUAGUCAUGCGAAACCCCCACGAAACAUCCACGCAGCGCGCGAGGUAACUUUAUCCCGAUUCUAAAACUAACUCGAGACAAAUUACCUAUGGAAUAAGGUGUGUAUAGGGGGUGCCUUCUCUGUCCCCUUUAUCCUCUCUUGGCUUGAACCCAUUAUUCGUGUCGUAACUAGGUGAAAUGUGAUCAUUCAGUGAGUGUCUUAUCGAAAAGACUGUUGUUAACAGUGAUUGCGUAUUCGAGAACAGUGAACAUCAGAGAUCAAAGUGAGUUGCGUGUCGUAGCUUGACGACAAUUUUGGAUAGCGUCAUAAUUGGCCAAGUUGAACAAAGCAUAAACCAGCAUAAUUUUUUCUCGACAGAUACAAGUUAAUGCUGGACUGCUGGAGGGAUGAUCCGAAUGAACGACCCUCAUUCACCGAAAUGAUACCAACCCUUGAACAAAUGAUGACAGCUGAUACCCCAUAUUAUGAUUUCACACUGUUAGAUGAGAGCCAGGAAUGUUACAAUGAUCAAUGCCCCAGCACCAGCGAAACUCUCGACACUCGCUUGUGA